AUAUAAGGGAUCAAUACCCACACAUAACCAAAUAUUAUCCCUGAAAAUUGCCGUAUAACCAUGGAUAAUACAAGUCAUUUAUUGAAGUGCACACGUGUAAUAAAUACAUUUGAAGCUUUAUAAGGAAAAAAAACGUCUGGGAUAUUUAUACUAUUUUAUAAUCUACGCAACAAUUUGUGUUUGCUAUCUUUUUUUAAUUUAUUAACAUAUACUUAUUAAUAAAUCAGUAGUUUCUCUUCUUGUUUAUCAAAUUUGCCUAAGUAUUGGUUUCUCGAACGUAAUCAAAAUGAAAGAGUUCGUGUUUGUUCUGAUUUUAUCCUCAUUGUUAAACGUCUAUGAUUGUAAGACGAGCUUCGUGAAGGACCAGAGUAUAGACUUCGUGUUCCCGCCGGUACAGCAGCACGUGAUUGCCGGGAUACCCGAGGGACAUCUUCGACCCCUAGGUUGGCAGAAGAAACCGGAAGGCAAGGUUCGAGAAGAGAAAGAUGCCGUCACGCCACCGACAUUCCAUAUGAGAUAUGUGAAGAAUAGCAGACCCGUUGUCCUUAGAGGAUUGUUGAAGCACGCCCCUGUCGCGGAGAAAUGGGAGGAAGAUUCAUAUCUCAAAGAAAAAUACGGCAAAUUAAAUGUAACCAUUACAGUUAAGAAAGAAGUGUUCAACAAGGAGUCUCAGAGAAAUAAACGCCGGAUGUUGUUCAAGAAGUUCCUCUUAGACUACAUGUAUGAAAACUGGUACUUGUCUUCUACUGUGCAUGAAGACAUGAUGGCCGAACUUCCGCUGCCAAAUGUUUUGUCAUGCGGGUCCUACAAAGAGCGAUUAACGGAGGCUGAAUUAUGGAUGAGUUCAGGUGGGACAUCAUCACUCUUGCAUUCUCACGGCGAUAACAACGUACACUGUGUUCUCGACGGGAGAAAAGAUUUCAUUCUGAUAGAUCCUAAACACAAAGAAGUCUUCAAGUUCCAAGAAACAUACCCAAACUCUGGAUCUGGUCAUUCCCCUAUGGAUAUGGAAAUGAUCAACGUAUUCAAGUACCCAAAGAUCAGUCAAACACCUUGGAUUUGGUCUACUCUCUUGCACGGAGAUUGUAUCUACGUUCCAGCCGGAUAUUUGCAUCAAGUUAGAUCUUACGGUCGCGGCAUUUCCUUUACUGUACAGUUUGCUCCAGUUCCUGAGUUUGAAUCCGCUGGUUGCAAGGAGGAAUCAAAGAGUAAACGGAGAAAGAAAGGAAAGAAAGACAAAGAAGAUGUGGAACAAAAAGGAGAAAAAGAGGAAAAAGAAGAUGUCACCGAGGAAGAGAAACUCAGUCUGGCUGAUGUGGAGUUUGUAUGGGCAUACAGCAAUGGGGAAAGGCAUCUGAAGCAGAAGAAAUUGGUAUCCAGCUCUUUGCGGCGCAUUUUGUCAAUUUUACUUCGUGACGGGAACCAGCUUUAUCAAAACCAGUUCAAAGAGUUUUACGAGGAUGCCCUUCCUGCUGACGACAACAGGCCACCGGCAGAUGAGAUAUUCCAUAUCAUGACACCAAACGACAACCGAAAAUAUUUGUCACGUGAUGAAAUUAAUGCGCUCGCUGAAUCAAGAUUGCAAAACGUCUGUGACGUAUUUAAUAAAAGAUAUGAAAGAGUACGAGAUGAACUGUAGAAAACAAAAGACGUUGCUACAAUUGUUUUUCAAUACAUCAGUGUAAAAGAUGGAUCUGACAGUAACAUUUUCUAACAGGCUUAAUUAAUGAUUCAAAUGAUCUUUUCUGAGUAUCAGUCACAGUUUAAAUUUUUAAUGACUGUUUAACAAAUGGGGAUGACACCCUUCUCUAAAAUGUGUGUAUGACAAAUGUGUUAUGACGUGUUCCUUUUCCUCCUAAUUUUGGCUUCGAGUUAUUGCAAUGCCUUAUUUAUACAGUCAUUGCCCAUGUCUCAAUUAUACAUACCUUAUUGCCGAAAAAUAUCACAAAUUGUACUGGUAAUCAGUCAAUGUUUUUUCUUCCUUUUGAGUGCGAUAUACGUAAUUUUAAAAACAUCUUUUAUCUUUCGCACACACGACACAUUAAUGAAUCCAUAAAAACUGUUUCAUUAAAUAUCAAUUAAUUUUCGCUGGAUUGUGAUGAAAGCUUCAAACGUAUUUGAAUCACUUUUGUGUUUGCUGUAUAAACAGUACUGGGGGCAUAUAUAAGAAUAUAUAAGAUGGUGUGUGUGAGUGAGUGCGUGAGUGAGUGAGUUGGGUCUUACGGCGAAUCGACACAAAUGUAAGAAGAUGUGGUCGUAAGGUGUGGUCGUGACUCCAGUGGCGCUCAAACCCACCGACACUAGACCACCAUUCCCCUCUGUUUCGUGAAUCAAGACCAAUUUUCAAAAUAAGUCAUUUCUUAGGUUGACCUCAUUAUUCAUUUAAGUAUGAUUACCAUUUGUCAUGUAAAUAUUUAUUAACUUUUUAAUCAGACAAAAAACACUGACUGAACAGUUGCAAAAGAAUAAAAGAUCACGAUUUAAUUUUCUCCAAUAAACAUUUUUAAUAAUAAAAAAGAAUAAGAAUAAAACAAUAUUUCAUACAUUA